AUGAAUAAGGAUCCGGAGCGUCGCGAGGAGGAGCUGCUGCUGAAGGAGAAUGUAGUGGAGCGAGGCGUGGUGCCCGUGUGGGUGGUGUGUGUCUGUGCGUGUCUGACGGCCGGGACGCUGCUGGCCGCGGGCGCCGUGGACCGCCGGCUGCCGGAGCCUCUGCCGACAGACGCACCGGCCCAGCUGUUCAGCGCCGAGAGAGCCUACGAGCACCUCAUCAACCUGACGUCCAUCGGUCCGCGGGUGGCGGGCAGCUAUGAGAACGAGGUGCUGGCCGUCCGGCAGCUGGUGUCGGCCGCCCGCUCCGUGGCCGCCGCCGCCAGCCAACACAACCUCGUGGACUACGACGUGUUCACGGCCAGCGGCGCCUUCUCGCUCACGUUUCUCGAUGGCAUGACUAACAUCUACCGCGACGUUCAGAGCGUCGUGAUCCGCAUCAGAGGCGCGGGCGAGGCGAGCGGGCCGGGCCGGGGGACCCGCCCGGGACCUCCCGCCGCUCUACUCAUCAACUGCCACUUCGACACCGUGCCCGACAGUCCUGGGGCCAGCGACGACGGCGCGGGCUGUGCCGUGGCGCUGGAGACGGCCCGCGCGCUGGCCGCGUCCCGCCGGCCGCUGAGGCACCGCGUGCUGGUGCUGCUGAACGGAGCCGAGGAGAACAUCCUGCAGGCCAGCCACGCCUUCGUGAGCGGGCACGCGUGGGCGCGCGGCGCGCGGGCCUUCAUCAACAUCGAGGCGUGCGGCGCCGGCGGCCGCGAGGUGCUGUUCCAGGCCGGGCCGCACGACCCCUGGAUCGUGGAGGUGUACGCGGGCGCCGUGCCGCACCCCUUCGCGUCCUCGCUGGCGCAGGAGCUGUUCGAGAGCGGCCUCAUCCCCGCCGACACCGACUUCCGGAUCUUCAGGGACUACGGGAACAUGUCCGGUGAGCGUCGACACGCCUCCCCGCUCCCCGCUCCCCGCUCCCCGUCUGUUGACAUACAACCGAACGGACACUACUCCAUCAUUAUUUAUUCAUUAGUUUGA